AGUGAGUUCAGACUCCAUUUUAACUGAACAGAACAGAAGAAGGGAAACUGAAGCCUGAGGCAGACUGACUGAAGUCCAGAAGAUGAGUGCUGUGGAGGAAGACGAGGACAGAGCAGAGUCUCCACGACCCAGCUGUCUGUCUGUGAAGAGUGACCUGUCCAAAGGAAAUCCUCCACUCUUCAGUAAUGAACCUGGACCCUCAGACACACAACUGACUGAAGUCCAGGAGAUGAGUGAUGUGGAGGAAGAGGAGGACAGAGCAGAGUCUCCACGACCCAGCUGUCUGUCUAUGAAGAGUGACCUGUCCAAAGGAAAUCCUCCACUCUUCAGUGAUGAACCUGGACCCUCGGACGCAAAAACAAGACCUGGACUGCAGACAGCCAGUCAGACCAGCACUGAACAAAAUAAUGGUCUGCAGGAGGUUUUACAUCAACAUAAGAUCAGUCUGAGGAGCAGAUGUGAACAUGUGACUGAAGGAACUGAUGGAACAGGAAGUGGAACCCUCCUCAACAGGAUCUACACUGAGCUCCACAUCACAGAGGGACAGAGUGAAGAGGUUAAUACCCAACAUGAGGUGAGGCAGCUGGAGACAACUUCCAAGAUGGAGACCCUCCAUGACGCUCCAAUCAGGUGCCACGACAUCUUUAAAGUCUCACCUGACCAGCAGAGACGCCGCAUCUUUAAAGUCUUACCUGACCAGCAGAGACCCAUCAGAGUGGUUCUGACCAACGGCGUUGCUGGCGUUGGAAAAACCUUCUCAGUGCAGAAGUUCUCUCUGGACUGGGCAGAGGGCUUGGAGAACCAAGAUGUCAGUCUGCUGGUUCUGCUUUCGUUCAGGGAGCUGAACCUGAUCAGAGAUCAGCAGUACAGUCUUCUCAGGCUGCUCCAUGUUUUCCAUCCAACAUUACAGAAGGUCACAGCAGAGCAGCUCGCUGUCUGUAAAGUUCUGUUCAUCUUUGACGGCCUGGAUGAAAGCAGACUGUCACUGGAUUUCAACAACAGGGAGGUUGUGUCUGAUGUCACACAGGAGUCAUCAGUCAACGUGCUGCUGACAAACCUCAUCAGGGGGAAUCUGCUUCCCUCGGCUCUCGUCUGGAUAACUUCCAGACCUGCGGCGGCCAAUCAGAUCCCUCCUACAUGUGUGGACAGGGUAACAGAAGUACGAGGCUUCACUGACGCCCAGAAGGAGGAGUACUUCAGGAGGAGAUCCAGUGAUGAAGAGCUGUCCAGCAGAAUCAUCUCACACAUCAAGACGUCCAGGAGCCUCCACAUCAUGUGUCAAGUCCCAGUCUUCUGCUGGAUCACUGCUACAGUUCUGGAGCACAUGUUGACCACAGACCAGAGAGGAGAGCUGCCCCAGACCCUGACUGACCUGUUCUCACACUUCCUGCUGGUUCAGACACAGAGGAAGAAGAACAAGUACCAUGAGGGACGUGAGACGAGUCCACAGGAGCUGACGGAGGCUGACGGGGAAGUUCUUCUGAAGCUGGGGAGGCUGGCGUUUGAACAGCUGGAGAAAGGAAACAUCAUGUUCUACCAAGAAGACCUGGAGCAGUGUGGUCUUGAUGUCACAGAGGCCUCGGUGUACUCAGGACUUUGUACUGAGAUCUUCAGAAGAGAGAGUGUGAUCUUCCAGAAAACAGUCUACUGCUUUGUUCAUCUGAGCGUUCAGGAGUUUCUGGCUGCAGUCUACAUGUUCCACUGUUACACUAACAGGAAGAGAAAGGUCCUGAAGGGCUUCUUGGAGAAACAACAUGUUGAUUCAACUCCAGAUGAGUUCCUGAGGGCAGCCAUGGAGAAAUCCCUUGAAAGUAGAAACGGUCACCUGGACCUGUUUGUUCGCUUCCUUCAUGGCCUUUUUCUGGAGUCCAACCAGAGACUCUUAGGAGGUCUGCUGGGUCAGAGAAAGAACAGUCCAGAAACCAUCCAGAGAGCCAUCAACAACCUGAAGGAGAUGAAUACUUACAAAACCUCUCCUGACAGAAGCAUCAACAUCUUCCACUGUCUGAUGGAGAUGAAGGAUCACUCAGUUCAUCAGGAGAUCCAAGAGUUCCUGAAGUCAGAGAACAGAUCAGAGAAGGAACUCUCUCUGAUCCACUGCUCAGCUCUGGCCUACAUGCUGCAGAUGUCAGAGGAGGUUCUGGAUGAGUUGGACCUGGAGAAGUUCAACACAUCAGUGGAGGGACGACUGAGACUGAUCCCAGCUGUGAGGAACUGCAGGAAGGCUGUACUUACUAACUGUGGACUCUCAGAGAUUCACUGUGAAAUUCUGGCCUCGGCUCUGAGGUCCAACCCCUCCCACCUGAGAGAGCUGAACCUGAGUGGAAACUACAACCUGCAGGAUUCAGGAGUGACGGUCCUGUCUGCUGGAUUGGAGAGUCCAAACUGUGGACUGGAGACUCUGAGGUUGAUGGACUGCAGUUUGUCAGAGAUCAGCUGUUCUUCUCUGGCCUCAGCUCUGAAGUCCAACCCCUCCCACCUGAGAGAACUGGUGCUGAGCUACAACAAGCUGAAGGAUUCAGGAGUGAAGGAUCUGUGUGGUUUUCUGGAGAGUCCAGACUGUCGACUGGAGACUCUGAGCUGGGAGUGAUGGAGAUUAGAGCAGUGUGUGUAGAGAGGCUCUGAUUGGACCAUGUUACUGGGAGCUGGAGAGCAGAGGAGAGCUUCGUCCAGCAGUGACUGACAGAGGAAUCAGAAGAAGUGGAGAUGACUCUCAGUGCUGAAGUCUGAACUGAUCUGAGAACAGCUCCACUGUCACACACAGAGUCCAGUCCACCAUCAUCCCUGUGUGUUCCUCUGGACCUGACAGAGCAUCACCAGCGUCUCUGGACUGAUGCUGCUCUGUCCUUUUUUAUUCAUUCAGAUAUUCUGAACUUAAACUGACUCUGCAAACCAGUUCUGUUUAUCACAGCAUCACUGUAGAUUUGUACUAAGUGGUCAGCAGGCUGAACUAGUAUAGAAUCAGUUGUUUUUACUGUAUUGUUUUAUGUUGCAGCUCCAACCUGUGGACUGACAGAGUAUUGAAAGUUGAAAGUAUGAAAACACAGAAUCCAGCCUGCAUGUAUCAGAUUACCGAUCAGACAGAUCAAUAAUUUUUUGCAUUACAGAAAUAAGAAGAUAAAACCUGAACAAAGCUUCACUGAUCUGAAUAAAACAUUGAUUAUCUCUGGAUUUUGGUGUAAAGUCAGCUCUGAGUAAACCCUUUGUCACAGAGUGAGCAGCUGCACACUUAAAUUUAAAUGUCUGAUAUAAAUAAAAAGAAUCACAAAGACUCUGAA